AUGUUCCUCUGCAUAAGAAACAUGAGGUACUGCUCGAUGGAAAAAUCUUUGCGGGUAUAUUUCACGCAGCCAAAUGUGUUUACGGCGCUAGAAGUGGCAUCGCUUUGGUGGCACACAAUAAGUGCUACCUGUUGUGUUAAUCUUGUCAUUGCGGCCAGAAUUCUUGGGAAAGAUCAAUCGAGGAGGAUUGAGAUGGAUCUGACAGCAGUGCCUGUGUUGAUUUUGUCGUGGGUGUUCUAUCUGUUGACUGCGCCAAUUCACUUGACAAGGCGGAUUUUGAUGCAUGACUAA